ACUAGAGAGAACCAGUCUCGGGAAUUCCGAGUCUUUCGACCUUGUUCUCUUCCGCUGUUUAUUUAUUUAUUAUGCCUUUAUAAUGGAAGCCAGGAGAGGGGAUUCUCUCUCUUUAUCUCUCACUUAUCUUUUUCUCCUUACCCAGAUUCUCUCUGCCAUCUCUGUCAAUUGUAUUCUCUCUGCCAAUCAUGCCUUCUUAUGAGAAGGCCAUGCCUCUAGGCCGCCCUCUACCAAAAUUUGGCGACUGGGAUGUCAACGACCCUGCCUCAGCUGAAGGAUAUACUGUCAUAUUCAACAAGGCCAGAGAUGACAGAAGGUCUGGCGCUAGAACUCCAUUGAUUCUGGCAGCACCAGACAAAUAUAAUGCCCGUAAAAAGGAGGACAAAUAUAAGUACCCCAAAAAGAGCAAAUGGCUUUGCUGUGGUUGAGACAAGAAAGAGAGAGAGAGAUGUUCUUGUUUUUCUCCUUCCCCAUUUAUUUCCUUUAAAUAUUGAUUGUUUGGCUGUUUUUUCCUUCAAGGAGAAUGAUGUACAUUGAAGAUUGAGUAAUAAAAUUCUAAUAUAUAUUUUUUGGUUGCCCAA